CUGAUGUGUUCAUACGAAGCAAUGCUACUCAGGAAAAGCAAAAACUACUGUUGGCAUUACAAAGCAGGAGUAAUUCUGAAAAGAGUGUGUCAAGCAUGUUCUUAUAUAAAAGAGUGCCAGCUGCACAGUGCCACUUCUAGGGGAUCCAACACCAGGGUAGGCUGUGUAGGUGGACGAAGCAGGUGAGAGCUGAUGAUGGGGCAGCACUGGCUGCAGAGCAGAGCAGGAGAGCUCUGUGCUCUCUGCUUCCACCUUGGUGGUAGUUCACAUUCGUAGAUACUCACUGUGCUUUGUUGCAUGUAAAUUGCACCCCACUGAAGUUAAUUUCUUUUAAAAGAGUUGGGCAUUUAGAAAGAAAUAAGUGAAAGUACUUGUAGGAAAAAAGAAUCAUCUGAUUUAGUUUCUCAGGGAGAGGGAAGGUAUGGGUGGAGACGAGAGGUGGUGUGGCUGCAGGACCAUGUGUGCUGAGUUAUCAUUUAUAACUUAAGUGAUAUCUAGAGUGUUAAGCCUCAGUUCAUGAAAACAACAAUAUUUUUUUUUUUUUACCUUUAAUCACUUGUGUUUUACAGUCAAAUAUAUAGAACUAAUUAGAGGUAUCAUUUGGUCAGAAGUCAUUUAAUAUUCAGUUUCCUCAUAAACACUGUGUUUCUAGAACUGAAUUUAGACUGCAGGAUGUAUUGCUCUUCAUUAUUCUUUUUAAAAAUGAAAAUUUUAUUCUCAACAUGUUCUUUGUAAUUUUUAUAACAAUGUAGAUACCAAACCUAGGUGAACUUGAUUUUAAUUUUGUUCAUUGUUACUUCUCUUUGUUCACCUGUUUUCAUCAGAAUAAAACUUACUGUAGUUUGUGCUGAGAUUGGCAUGAAUUUCUCACACAGUGAUUUGAAGCUGCAGUUCCUCUGGGAAUGAUUGUUUCCCUGCGUGGUGAUUGGCUGCCACUUCCCAGGUUUUGAGUGUAAUAGGCAGUCAGAAGGUCGGCCCAAAGCAGAAGACACUGGGGAGUUUUUUUCAUCGUGAAGUUUAUGAUUGGAUUACAGUUUGGAAAGUGGGUGUCCUUGAUGAAAACCCCACCAAGCAAGUGAAACACAGAAUGUGAUUGCAUCGGACAAGGCGGCAGACGUAGCGGUUGUCCGUGAACAUGAGCAUGGACAUGACCACACGCAGCUCCAUGCCUACAUCGGUGUUUCCCUCGUCCUGGGCUUCGUGUUCAUGUUGCUGGUGGACCAGAUUGGCAGCUCCCACAUGCAUGCUACUGAUGAUCCAGAAACCUCAAGGCCUAGCAGUUCCAAAAUCACCACCACGCUGGGCCUGGUCGUCCAUGCUGCAGCUGAUGGCGUUGCUUUGGGAGCGGCAGCCUCCACCUCACAGACUAGUGUCCAGCUGAUUGUGUUUGUGGCAAUAAUGCUACACAAGGCACCGGCUGCUUUUGGGCUUGUUUCCUUCUUAAUGCAUGCGGGUCUAGAGCGGAAUCGGAUCAGAAAGCACUUGUUGGUCUUUGCACUGGCAGCACCAGUUAUGUCCCUGGUGACAUACUUAGGACUAAGCAAGAGCAGUAAAGAAGCCUUGUCAGAGGUCAAUGCCACUGGAGUAGCCAUGCUUUUCUCUGCCGGGACCUUUCUUUACGUGGCCACAGUACAUGUCCUCCCUGAAGUGGGCGGAAUGGGGCACAGCCACAAACCGGACACCGCGGGAGGGCGAGGCCUGAGUCGCCUGGAGGUGGCAGCCCUGGUUCUAGGUUGUCUCAUCCCACUCAUCCUGUCAAUAGGACACCAGCACUAGAUGUUCAGGCUCCAGCCCCACACUGUGGCUGUCCUCCAGUGAGAACAGGCGGCUCGUGAGAGCUUCUCACUUCCUCAGUCUCUUGUCUGGCCUUGCCCAUCUCCACCUGUAUUCCUAGAGUCUGGAGGGAGGUGAGAUGAAAACCUGGAGAAAUGGGAAUGCUUUUAGAGUAGAAGCAACACAUUACAAUUAGAUAUAGACAUUCCAUUGUGUUGUCUUUGGAUUCUGAAUUUCGAUGUUUCUAUUAACCCUAUUCUCAGGGAAGAUGGAAUUUAGUUUUAAAGAAAAGUGGAGACCUUCAUACUCACAAUGAAAUAGUAAUUGUGAAGGUACAAUGUUCUGUAACGGAUCUAAAGUCUUUCUUGUUGGUUUCAAGGCUCUGGUGCCUAUUCAUCCAUGUGUGAUAUGGUUCUCACCAUGUAGGCCUGAAGCUUUAGCGUCUGGGCCAUUGCCUUGAGAGAAGGUCUUAGCACCCAGUCUCUUAGAGAUGAGGGUGACUGCGGUCCAUUGGGGAAUUGAUGCAAGUCACCGAAGGUGACUUUAUACUUGGAAGAGCUGUGCCUGGAAAGGCAUGUCAGCAGAGACUUAGACACUCAUUCUGCACGUGCCUCUCGCAGUACAGUCUGCCAUCCCUCGUGGGUGGAGCUGGCUGCUGAAGAGGUGACCAGGCCUUUGGAGCAUUGCUUGUCAUGUUCUCUGUUGCAGAACACCUGGCCCUAGCACAUUGUUCAGAGGAGCUGAGUUCAGCUAAGGUCAGGUCUAUGCUUUCCUUUGAGAACAAUUAAAACACAAUUUAUCUUUGGAAAUGAAGGGAUACUAAAUUUUAAGUGAAUUUGAGUAAUUAUUGACAUCUUUGUAGUAACCUUUUAAAAAUAAGACUACCAAAACCUGUGAAAUUUUUGUUGUUGUUGUUUCUUAUAUGUGUUUUUCUCUCUGGCUAAACACUUGGUCAGCUUGGGGUGCUGUGUAUCUUUUCACAGGAGGCCCUGACUGAAACAGUAAGGAAGGUCUGUCGGUGUCACACCUGGGCAGUGUUUGCCUGUCGGUUGAAAGCUUAUUGAAAUCAUGUCUGUCUCUUCAUCUCUUCCCUGCUUUUCUUCUCCUGUUUCCCUCUGGGCUCCCUCCCCACCACCUGCUGCUCACUGCUGAUGGCGAUGUCCAUCCUUGCGUGAGAUGAAUCCUCGCGAGGACAACCACUUACUGAACUGUGAUGGUGAUGCUAACAGUGUCUGUCCUUCACGGAAGUCACCUUUGUGUCAAGUGCAGUUUGUUAAGUCCUUGAAAUACCACCCCCUCGUGUGAGUGACUCCAUCACCUUCAGACAACUGAGAUAGCAGAAAGUGUUUAAUAAACUAGGGGAAUUUUUUUCAUAUUUGCCAAAAUUUGCAUAAGCCCUGUUUUGUCAAAUAAGUGUAUAAUAAUGUAUUAUUAAUUUAUUUUGAUUUUCUGUACCAUUUCAAAACACAUUAAGAGGGAACAAAGACUGAUUUGUUCAGGGUAGUGAGUUUAGUCAUUUGUAAAAAUGUUUUAUAAAAAAAAUGAGGCAGAAGCCAGCAUGCCGUGGUUGCUUUUUUUUUUUUUUUUUUUUUUUUUUUUGUUCUUUUCUAGAUUUGUCACUACUGGGUCAGCAGCUGUGGAAGUAAACUUGCAGACCCUCUGCUGGCUGCAAUGGAGAAAGCAGCAAAAAAAAAAAAAAUGUAGUCUUUCUAUAUAGUGGCUGGCAACCAUUGCACAACAUUUUAAAAUAAAGAGGGACAGAAAGAUUUUAGAGUCUGGCUUGGUUUGGAUAGUAGUAUUUUCUAUAAUAUUGAUGUGUGCAAUGGGCAGAAGUUUGUGUCUGCUGGCCAAAGUCUCUUUCAGCAGUGCCUUGCCAUCCUGCUUUAAAAAAUUGGCUUGAAUAUCUCAUAAGGAUUGAACCAUUCAACUUCCAAGUUUGCCUUCCCCCAUGGACCUCACUGUUAACAAACCUUUCCAGACCUGUCAGCUCUCAGAAGCAAUGGGCUUUCCCAGAUUGCACAGCUGCUGCUUAGGGAGGUGCUUGUUCCUCUCCUGGGCAGCAGGCAGAAAUAGCCAUACACACCUUCCAGGGCUCCCAGGCAGCCAGGGGAGCCAGCAGCCCAUGCAGAGGGAGGCUUGUUCCUGCCGUGGGCAGUAUCCCACGAGAGGCCAUACUAGUGCUCCCUCUGGCACAUUUUGGUUCCGUUCCUCGUGUUUAAAACUGCCUCCUGAGAUGUGGAUGCCUUACUGCUCUGACACGUUGGAAGACACUGGUGAAACUGGAAUUGCUGCCAUGAUUACAGAUGGAAUGAUUGGCUACCAAAGAGGUGAGGUCAGUGGUGGGAGAGUAUGGUCCUGCCUCAGAACCAAAGCGAAUAUCUAAUUGCAUUUCAGCUCCCUCCUCCCAGUGGAGAUAGACUUCAGGUUCCAAGUGUCCUCCUAGAGGCAAGUGAAGUAGAACAACACUAACCCGCUCCCCUUCCCGACUCUCAGUUGCCAUUUCACCAAAACGGUGAUGUGCCAGAUUGGAUUCAGUUUUCUGUGUUUUGGGCAAAGGAACUACACCAGUACAUACUGUUGGAAAUGGAACUAAUCAAAAAGCCUGUGUGUUCUGUCCACCUGCCCUGCCCCACUUCAUCUUUUUAUUUCAAAAUAGCUGAGCUGCCUUUGUUGGAGUGUUUUAGCUCAUUAGAAAAAAAGAAAGGGAGUGGCUGUUUUGAAGUGUCAUUUCUUUGUAGAAAGGGGGAAAGUGUGAUUUCUUUUUUGUAGCAGCCGAUUUCUUGGUGUUUACCUAAUUUUUCAAGAAUUAGAACUAGGAGGACACACCAGCGCUGCAGGGUGUUACGUCCCUGGUACGCAGUAGCUGGGUUCUGAACCUGGGAAAUUUAUGUCAACAGCACAAGCCUCCUCCCAGCCCAGAAUGUUCUGCCUUUCGGAUCCCUUGGACUGAGAGUAAAGACCAGAUCCACCCCUGCCCCUGCUGCAGUGCAAGGUUAGAGCCCUCCAUGGAUGUUCUGUGGGGGACGCAUCCUUGGGUUGGAAACUCCCUGCUUGCUACAGAGUGGCCCCCAACACCCACUGUUGGAGCUGCUGUGAUUUGAAGCCUCGGGACGUAACCUGUGUGAGCUGGAGACACCUCAGUUCACCGUGGGAGACCUGAAGAUCAGUGGCUUAUGAGAAAGGAUGAGACGGCCAUCAAUAGAUCUAACACAGUUGCUGAACACGGGAGCCUGGCCUUGACCUUUCAGCAUCUUCCUGCAAGUUGGAGUCUCCUGGGAGAUUAGGAACACACUACAAUUGCCUUGGCUCGGUGGCCUGGGCAGUAGUUUUAAAUGUCCCUUUUUCUGGAUCCUUUGUAAACAUGAAAUCAUUCCAUGGAUGGCUGCCUUAUGAUUUUGUCUCUUUCCACUUUAAUUGUGAAUGGUUAAAUAAUUGUUUCCUGAUUUGUUUUAUGAUAUUAAAUUUUUAUUAGU